UGAUCAACGUACAUGUAAAAUCGUACAAUGUGUGAAAUAAAUGAGACGAUUUAAGUGAAAAGAAGGCAUUGUUUUAAAUAAUGGCAAACAAUCUUUCUUCUCCAGGAGAUGGCAUUGAAGAGACAAGUAUCCUAACAGAGAAAGCAAAGAGAAAUAUGUUAUUCUCAAAAGAUUCUUCAGACGAGGAGUAUGAACAUGCAUCAGAUAAUAGUUCAGUAAAAAGACCGCAUGCGUUGCAUCAAUUUGACGAUUUGCGGGUGUUUUAUGAUCCAAUAAGCCUGAUAUAUUCGGAGAAAGACCAAACUUUUCGAUUCCACGAAAGCGUUGUCGCGGAACUUGAGAAGAUUGAUCUGCCAAUGGUCAUUGUUGGCAUUGCAGGCUUGUAUCGCACAGGGAAAUCAUAUUUGCUAAACCUCAUUGCAGGGGCAAAAAGAGGUUUCCAAACAGGGCACUCUAUAGAACCAGCAACAAAGGGAAUAAAUGUGUGGUGCAUGAUGCACCCUAAGCAAAAGGAUACAGUUCUAGUGCUGUUAGACACAGAAGGGUUUGGUGAUGUAGAGAAGGAUGAUUAUGGCUGCUAUGAUUUGAAGAUUUUCACACUCGUCACGCUACUCAGCAAUGUUCUGAUUUACAACAUGAAUGGAAUAUUUGACCGAUAUACCCUGACACAAUUGGAAUUGGUUUCAGAAAUGGCAAAGAAAAUUAAAUUUAAUGGAAAAUGCAAUGAUGGAAAUUUACACAUCGUUAUGCCAUCAUUCGCGCUAGUAAUGCGAAAUUUUUCAUUGACAAUAAAAGGAAAAAACGGUACACAAAUCACAGCAGAUGAACACCUGGAAAGUACAUUGGAAUAUAGUAAGGAAAAGAGAGAAGAGUACAACAAAACAAGAGAAAGUGUCAAAAGAUGUUUUCAAAAACGCAAAUGUUUUUGUUUGGCACCACCUGGGGACGUUAAAUUGAUUCAACAACUUGCAAGUAUUUCUUUUUCUGAAACAUGUCAACAUUUCCAAACGUCUGUUGAUCCGCUGCUGGAAUUCGUCUUCAAAGAAGAACCAAAACGACUUUUGACUAGUAAGCCCAUAAAGGGUCCAGUGUUUGCAAAUCUGGUCCGUGACUUUGUAACGAGUAUCUCCAAAGAAGGCGUUUCUGAUGUUGAUGCUACGUUCACAAGGGUGACAGAGGAAGAAAACAAACAAAUUGGUAUAGCCGCAUCCAAAAUAUUCCAAAGGCACAUAAAAGAUUUAAUGCUGCCAAUUAAAAGAAGAGAACUACAUCAACAUUACACUAUUGCUAGAGAUGCUGCGCUUAAACAUGUUUUUGAAAAUGCCAUUUUGGACGGACUAAAUGGAAACGUGGCCUUUAACGUUGCAAAGAAAGAAAUUGAAGAGUUCUGGAAAGGAACAGAGGACAAAAAUGAAAACCUUCUGCAAGAAAAAUGUACACAAGCGCUUGAGGAAUGCAGAUUUUACUGGGAGCUCAAAGAAAGUGUUGAAUCUAAAAAUUUUCGCGAGCAAGUUGGCAUUCAUGAAUAUCAAAAAAAAAUAUGCCGUUAUAUUGAGGAUGAGUACAACGAAAAGCUGGCUUCUUUCGAAGAGCAUGAGAGGCUCCCUGUAUGGCAGAAAUUUGCAAAACAUAUAUUCAUCACUGAGUCAGAAAUACUUGCCAUGGAGCAGGCCAGACAACAGAGCAAAGCACUUUAUGAAAACGACCGUUUCCAAAUUGAACAUCGAUCAGAAAGAAAAGCUUCAGCUCGUAGAGAGGAGAUAUUACAACACCAAUUAUCACAGAUUGCUAUAAAAAUGUCUGUCUUGAGGUGUGAACUGGAUGAUAUGCGCAAAAAAGUCAGGAACGCCAUUGAGAAAAACGAGAAGAUCUGCAGGUUAAUGUGAAUUUUACUGCAGUUUGACACACAUCUGUAAUCAGACAGAUUAGUAUCUAUCAGUACCGUCUUUAGCAUUUUGUUUCUAGUUCUCCUGUUUGUUUUAUUUUGUAUAACUUAACAGACACUGAAUUUACUAUGUGAAGGAAACAUGGCAUGUUUAACCAAUAGAUGUAUUUUUAUCUAUAUCAUACUAUAUUUAUAUGGUAAUGAAUAUGCUUGUGUGUACGAGCGUUAUCAAUGUAUGGUGUGUAUUCAGUGUACAUAAACAUUAAUAAAUUGAUAUUGAUUCUGCUAAUAGAAGUUACAAUAUGACGAUAAUUAAUUGUUCUAGGUACACAAGUAAUCAUUAAGCUAUUCCUUAAUUUUCAAGUUCUUAUUCUUCAUAAUUACAUGUUAAUAAAUGACAAACGUAGUCUUUCCACAUGGAAAUACAUUUCAGUGGACGCAUGGUCAUUAUAACGAAAAUCAGUCAAAAUAGAAUAAAAAGCGCACGUGGAACUUCGAUUCUAAACACAGUCUCCUUUAAAAUAUGGUUUUAAAAUUAGUUGACAACCUUGGAAAUCCAGUUUACGAAUAGUCAAAAAAUACGAUCAUAUACACUGAACUCCGUGAAUAGUCAGUCGUAGGUGAAAGAAAAGCACCUUAUUUAUUUUAUUUUACACGAGUAAGGUAUUUCCGAGGAACAAGGCAUGCUUUAAGAUUUGAUCAAAAUAACAUUAUGACAGAUGAGGCACGUUGAACACGCUUUUAUUCUCAGUUUCAACAGUGUGCUUUAUUUAAAGGUAACCAUUACAUUUCAAUAGAGCGGGAACAUGUAAAAUGAAAACGUUAUCUUUCAAGAACAAUUUGACAUCUGCCAUUAUCUUAAUUAACUACGCGUCUGUAAGCAAAAUUGCAAAAUGUGUUCAAGGAAAUGUACAAACGAGCGUUUCCUACGUCAAUUCUCCCACAAAAUGAUUGUUGUAUCCGUUCAUUCGAUCAUUUAUGUUAAAGAUUUAUACUGAACCGGAUGUUGUUAACCGGUAUUGAUGUUACCAUAAC